UUGACCGCCGAACCGUUCGGACGCGAAUUUUUUCGACCUUGGAAAAGAGACCUUGUGUGUGAGAGUGGUGAGGAAUUUGGAGGUUGGUUUGUGGAGGAAUUUGGUGCCGUUUUAAUUCUUUUUUGAUUGCUUGCUCAGGAUUACGACAGUGUGUAAAAGCGAAGGAUUUUCCCCCAACGUAGACAGUGAGAAAGCAGCUUUUCUUUCGUGGGAUUCCGUUUCCCAACCCGACGCGCAACGCACGAUUGGAUUACGAGCUUUUCCGGCUCUAGUGAAAAGUUGAAGCAACCAGUAGUGGAAAAGAAGAGGGAAAAAACAGACUUUUAGCACAGCACAACCGGAAGGUUCAGAACCCCCCGAAACAAGUUCCCAAAGUGGGUCCAAACCCCUGUUCCGGACCGGAUGUAGUUCUCAGCCGAGUAGAAGUCGAAACAACCAAUGAAGCCUGAAACGAUAAAAACGAUAACAACGACGACGACGAAGACCGCAUCGCUGGUCCUGCUGUUGCUGGUGGUGUUGGCCGGCCAGCUGCACCCCGCGUCGGCCGUACGAUGUGACCGAUCGCCGGAAGGGUCCGGCGCGAGCAAAUCCCCCGCCGAUGGGCGAUUCCGGUUGCGCAUCUCCGGCAACCCGGACAAGUACGUGCCGGGCGAGUCGUACACAAUCAGCCUGGUCGGCAUCCGGUCGAUGCAGGUGCCGCACAAGUUUUCCGGAUUCUUCCUGGCCGCCGAAAAGGAACUGUCGCUAAACCGUCCGGAGCUGCAGGGCAACAACGGUGGCAACGGUCUGCACAACGUGGGCACGUUCCACCUGCUGGGCGAUGCGCUGACCAAGUUCAGCGAGCGCUGCCCGAACGCAGUCACCCAGACCAGUUCGAUUCCGAAGAGUGAGAUUCAGGUCAACUGGAUCGCACCUCCGGCCGGAAGUGGGUGUAUUGCGAUUCGGGCUACCGUUGUGGAGCAUCGGGACGUCUGGUACAUGGACGACGGCCCGCUGAGCAAGAUCUUCUGCGAGGACGAAGCGGACUCGGUGGACACGCAGCCGCCGGUACUGAAGGAGUGCUGCGCUUGUGAUGAGGCCAAGUACGAGUUGACGUUUGAGGGACUGUGGUCUCGGCAUACCCAUCCGAAGGAUUUUCCGUCGAACGGGUGGUUGACCAGGUUCAGCGACGUGAUUGGAGCUUCGCAUACUGUGGACUACCGGUUCUGGGAGUACGGACAGGUGGCGAGUGAGGGACUUAAGCAGGUCGCGGAACAUGGUUCGACGCGAAUGCUGGAGAGCGAACUCAAGAAUCAGAGUGACAAAAUUCGAACGAUUAUCAAGGCACGUGGAAUCUCUUAUCCGAAUGUGACUGGGAAAACGUUUGCGGUGUUCCGGGUGGACUCCAACCACCAUCUGGUGUCGAUCGUGUCGAUGCUGGAUCCUUCACCGGAUUGGAUUGUCGGGGUGUCCGGAUUGGAGCUUUGCCUCACGAACUGCUCUUGGAUCGAGAACAAGAUAUUGAAUCUCUACCCAUGGGACGCCGGUACCGACAGUGGUCCGACGUACAUCUCUCCCGAUCAGCCAACGAAUCCUCCGGAUGCGAUCCGCCGGAUCAAGUCUAACUAUCCGAACGACCCUCGAUCGCCGUUCUACGAGCCAAGUGGAGCCGAGAUGAAGCCGCUGGCCAGGAUUUACCUAUCGCGACAGAGAUUGUACGAGAAGAACUGUGACUCGGACAACGAGGAAGAAAACGAAAACAAGCAGGCCUGCGAGACGGAUUCCUGGGGUGAGUGGACCGAGUGCAGCUCGCGGUGCGGCAAGGGCAAGCAGACCCGACGUCGCACGUACAAGUACCCGAACAAGGCCAAACAAGGCGACUGCAAGAAGAAGCUGUUCGAUCGCCGUCCGUGCGUCGGAUCCGAACGGGACUGCGACUACCAGACGAGCCAGGAGCUGGACGAACGCUACCAGAGCGAUCCGGAGUGCGAGCUGACCGAGUGGGGACCGUGGAGCGAGUGCAGCACACCCUGCGGAAAGGGCAACAAGACCCGCUCGAGGAAGUACAAGAAGAAGGGCGCCCGCAAGAAGUGCGAACGGAUGCCGAAUCCACCGCUGCUGCAGCAGACCGUACCGUGUAGUGAGGAGUGCGCUGGAGAUAUUUCUCAAGCGGUUAGAAGUGCCGAUAACAACCCGAUGUGCAAGAUGACCCAGUGGUCCGAGUGGGGACCGUGCAGCGUGACGUGCGGGCUCGGCCGUCGGAUGCGAACCCGGAUGCCGAUCAGCAAGGCGCUGAACACGCGGCUGCACCACAAACGCUUCGUCAACUAUUACCUGACGAAGCAACGACCGAGCGAAGACGACGACGAUGAGGAAGAGGACGAAGAAGAUGGGGACAACAGCCUUCAGAUCAUGGACGCGAACGAUCCGUGCUACGGCAUGGACACCGUCGAGGAAGUUCUCUGUGGACAUGAUCUGCCGGCUUGCGAUGGGCUGUACGGGGUGCCGGAACUCUGCUUCCUGGAACCGAAGCCGGGUCACUGUCGGGAUUCGCAGACGCGAUGGUACUUUGACAGCGAAAAGAACGACUGCUCGAUCCUGUUCUUCACCGGCUGCGGAGGCAACAACAACAACUUUAUGUCUCGCGAGGACUGUCUGGACACGUGCAGUAAAGAUCGCAAAUUCACCAACAUCCCGAUCCGCGACCAGAAGAGCAGCUCCGACUUCUCCGCCGAUUUCAAGCAGGACUGCAAGACUUCCCACUGGAAGCGUGGCCCGUGCAACGCAACCUGCGGCGAGGGCUUCCGCACCAAGAGCAGAACCAUUCUCGUUCAUCCCGCCAACGGUGGCCAGCGCUGCCCGCGGAAGCUGCGCAAGCUCGAGCGCUGCUUCGUCCACUGCGACUCGUCCCGGCACGACACGAACCCGUCGUGGGGACCCAGCACCCGCUACUCGCCGGAACCGAUCGAGUGCGAGUACUCGGCCUGGUCGGCGUGGUCACCGUGCAGCAAGACGUGCGGCGACUUUGCCGUCCAGCAGCGCACCCGGUACGUGCUGAACCCGGAGAACGCCCGGUACUGUCCGCACCGGCUCGAGGAGCGGAAAUGUGAUAUAAUGCCUUGCUUGCUGGGCAAUUGAGGAGGAGGAGGAGCAGGAGGAGAAUUUUCGGGAAAGGAGGCGAGAAGAUUUUGUUUCAACUUUUCGCAAUAUUACUUAUAUUAGCGCGCACACACAAACAGACAACACACAACCAUGUAUUUAUGCACUCUUUCACGGAUGCAGUUUAAAACGCAACUUAGUUUACAGACGAUGUUUCAUCACGCAAGCAAAGUUAGAACACAUAUGAGCGGAAUUUUGACGAGCUAGAUUUAGUUUGGAACGGUGACGUGGUUUUAGGAGCAGAUUAAUGUUGAUUUUAACAGCCACUUGGCUAAUGAACAGAUGUAACCAGAAAUAUCACACACACUCACAAGAUGUAAGUAAAGUAGGGAAGCAACUUUUGUACACACAUUAGGGCAGCCAAAAACAACGCUUCAAAUUGGAACAUUCGAUGUAAUUUGAGAAAUGAACAAUAAAAAAACAACACACACAAUUGAAAAAAAUAUUCAAAACAGUGAACGAAGUUUAUUUGUAUAUAGCUAUUGGUUUUUGUGCAUGCCGAAAUAAAUAAAGCAACAAUGUAAUUCACACCUGCAUAAAACCAGAUGAAAUCAAAGUGAUGUUACAAUAAAAAUUUGGAUCGAUGAAUGGCAAUACGUAUUGGAA